AUGGUGAUACCCCACACCAAUGAUAGAGUACACAGAAUAUGUCUUGUUCAAGAGAAACAUCAUUGGGCGACAAAAUAUUUGGAUGAAAAUAAAAUUGAAUGUCUGCCGGAAAAUUUAUUUGCCAAAGGAAAUUAUUUAAAAACACUCAUUUUAUCUGGCAAUCGUUUAAAUGUUUUACAUGACUAUGACUUUAUAUUCUUGGAGGAAUUACUGGAAUUAGAUUUGCGUGGCAAUUGCUUGGAGACAUUUGAUGCCAAGAUUUUUGAGCCUUUACAAAAGUUGGAGGUGUUAUAUUUAAAUAGAAAUAAUAUCAAAAAAUUGGUAGCUGGUAUGUUUCCUACAUUGAAAAAUUUACACACUUUAUCCUUGGCGGAUAACCAACUAAGGAUCAUAGAAAGUAAUAGCUUUACAUUUCCUCAUCUUAGAUAUUUAUUUUUAGCAGGAAAUAUGCUGACUGAAUUAAAAGGCCGCACAUUUUGUGACUUAAAUAUGUUGCAGGGAUUACAUUUAAAUAACAACUCUCUACAAACAUUCGAUCUCCAUGCUUUCGAUUGUUUGGGUAAUCUAACAUCUUUAUUACUAAAUGAUAAUGAAUUUAAAACUUUGGAUCCAAGAGUUUUACAGAAUUUGAACAAUUUGGAUUAUAUUUAUUUUUCCUGGUUCCACUUAUGCCGUGCUGCCAUGCAUGUAAGAGUUUGCGAUCCUCAUGGUGAUGGUAUCAGUAGUACACAGCAUUUAUUGGACAAUCCAAUACUAAGAGGAAGGUAA